AUGGCAGAAGAACAGAAGCCCGAAGAGAAACAAGUCGACAAGUCGCAGGAUGAUGCAAAUGUGGAGGAAGGCAAACGAACGCCAGCUGGGGCAGGUCCUAUGAUGUUCGACAGUGCCUCUAUACGAGCCAGAUUCGUGCGUAAAGUCUUUACCAUUCUUACUAUAAUGAUCCUUAUCAACUGCCUCAUGGUAGUACCAGUGGUUGUAAUCGAAAGUGUGAGAUCAUUAGUUAGCCAAUACAAAUGGGUGGUCCUUAUUGCUUUGUAG